CAUUGUUUGAUCUCGUCUAUUCGGCCUCGUCUAGAAGUCUUGGAUGUCCCUGCGUGUUCUGUGUCCAGACCAUGGCGAUGUCGUCUCGGCCGAGAUGAUGUACAUCGCGGGGUUUUCAUGUCCGGAGAAACUCUCAUCUCCUUUGCUGCCUCCGUGGCUUCCUCCUUGAGCGGUUGCCCAGGUCGUCCAUGUGUUGUUGACAUCGCUGGCGAGGACGGUAGCACUGCAUGCAACGCACUCUGUAAGUUGUGGGUGGAAGGAGCCUACGCAAGGAAGGUGCCUCCCACCUUGUGCUCAUCCUUAAUAAUGGUUGUUCCUCUUCAUGUUCAAUGUUACGCUCUUCUGCAUACGUUUAUCAUCGACAGCACUUAGGUGAGGCAUUGAUUGUGAGUGGCUGUCAGCUGCAGUUGAAUCCGCUCUUUAUCUUCCUUGUAUUGCUCCUCAAUCAUAAUUGUUUCCAGUCUGCCUAUUCCUUCGACAGCCGGUCCUCAGCUCAAGAUGCACGGCAAAGCUCUUCUUCUCCUUGCCAUCUUGGCCGAGAUACCAGCAUCACUGGCAUCACAAAAAGACAAUGCUUUGCAGAGCGAGAUGAACUGCAACAACUUUACUCCGGCAGCAUGUGUGACCCGCGGUCGAGUUCAUGGUCCGUUUCAACUUCAGCAUGUCCUCGCCUAUGCAAACAUAAGAGAUGGGAAUUCAGGAAAAAGCACUGAGACGGACUGUGCGUGCUUCGAACUGGAGACCUCAUCCGAAGUCUGUGGCAAUAUCCUAGCCUUUGCCAAGUGUCUAGAAGGGCUGCCGUCUGCUGGGGAAGCUGAUGAGGUUUGCAACAUGGAUCAAGACUGCAUCAUUCAACUCGUCGAAUGCCCCCAUGAAUCCAUGCCGGACAAGGAUAGGGCUGGUGGCCCUCUCUCCCAACAGGGGCUCCUUGCACGUUCCACGCCGGACCAGGGCUUCUCUGGCGUCGUUGUCGUGCCGGCAGGGAAGGAGGACUCAGAACAACUUCGCAUUUGCGAUGUCUUUGCAUCUGCAAUGCCCGGUGCGGUCCAACAGGCCAUGCUCAAUGGGGAUCCGAAUGUUGUUGCGCAGUCUUUGGCUGAGGAAUUCUCCGGCAACGUGCUCCCUCAAUAGUAUGAGGACUUGCCGGCGAACAUCAAGAACUACUACUCCACCAUCACAAUUCCGGCCACGUUGAUUGCUCGGGCAACGGACGAGCCUACCGUGACCGUCAACAAGCCGGCAAGGGUGCGUCGCAGCGAUCCUACCGUUGACGCUUGGAUAUCAAGCAUCAGGUCAUAUGAAUCUCAGAUCAGUUCGCUCUCCCGCGCUGCUCAUUCACAAGCAGACCUUGCUAGCGCACUUUCCAGAACCGCCAGCAGCGAGUCGCGCAGGGCGACCAGUUUGGGUGACUUGGGCCUUGGCACAACUGCAAGCCUACAAUCCGUCCUGGCAUCCUCCAACUCUGCGUUGGCAGUGUCCCAAUCGAGAGUCGCUGAAUCCGCUUCUAAAGCGAUAAAUCACCUGCAAGAUACUUCCAGCUCGGACCAGGGCUCCAAUGCCGCAUCGGCUCGAUUCACCGAGAUGGCAUUUUACUCAAGCACGCUGGGCGCUAUUGCAUGCCUGGGUCUGGCUCUUGUCCUGUAGAAAUCGGGCCUUGGUUGUCAUGGGAUUGACGGAUUCGAAUAGACAGAGCAGUCGUUAUUAGGUUAGAUGCAAUUCCAGACUAUUGAUAGUGUUCAUCUCCA